AUGCAGUCCUCGAACAGACUCAAGGUCGCCCUGGCACAGGGUCGGCAGGCCUUUGGCGCCUGGCAGAUGCUGCCGGGGGCUAACAUCUCCAGGCUCCUGGCUCGGACAAACGCCGAUUGGGUUUGCGUGGAUUGUGAACAUGGCAACAUGGACGAUGGAGCUAUGCAUGAUGCCGUCCCUGCUAUCGCGGCUCUCGGAGUCUCCCCGAUCGUGAGACUCCCAGAUAUGCAGUCUUGGAUGGUCAAGCGCGCUCUGGACUGCGGAGCCCAUGGUAUCCUCGUACCACUGCUACGCACCGUCAAGGAAGCCGAAGAUCUGGUCCAGGCUGCCAAGUUCCCCCCGCUUGGCCGGCGAGGUUUCGGCUCGCCCAUUGCCAUGGAGCGUUUCAGUCCCAUGCCCACCUUCACGCAGUACCUGCAGCAGGCCAACGAUACGCUCCUGACUAUCGUGCAGAUCGAGACACAGGAGGCCCUUGACGCUGUAGACCAGAUUGCGGCGGUUGAUGGCAUUGAUGUGCUCUUCAUUGGACCUUUUGACCUAGGCAAUAAUAUUGGCCAUCCCAUUGUCGGAGAAAUGGCACCGGAGUUGAAGGCCGCCCUGGCCAAGAUCCUGGAGGCUAGCCACAAAGCCGGCAAGAAGUGCGGUAUCUACUCUACCGGGGGCGAGCAGGCGAGGCUGUUCGCCGAGCAAGGAUUCGACAUGAUCUCCUUCGCAACUGACUACACUCUUCUCGAGUCCACAGUCAAGAAUUCAUUGGCCAUCGCCUCGGGGGGACCAAAACUCGCCAAGGGCGUGUCGUAUUAA